UAAUUGCUUACCAGUUACCAGAAAUAACAGUACAGAUGCUUUAAAAACAGAAAGAAAGCGGGAAAUAAAAUCGUCAGUAUGAAACCAGGGGGCGUGUCGAAGCUGUGACGUGUCCUCUGUGUGGGAACUUCAUUUCCCAUGAUGCACCAGUCAGGAAGCGGUCAAGGCACGCACGUGCGUUUUGUUAUUGUUGUUGAAGGUGUGGAGUUUUUCUGCCGGCACUUCAGCAUCAACUUAUAUGAUAACAAACUCACUCCUGACUCUACAACACACACACACACACACGUACUUCAGUAUCAACAAGCAGGUCUGAAGAAUCAAAAUAAAUUCUUUCCAGAAAGAACUGUCAGAUAUCCAGGGAAUGUUGGAAAGUAGAACAUUUUAACCCGUGUAUGUUAUUCUCACUGCUUCAGCACAUUGUUGAUUCCCCCUCAUGUUCCUGUUCUUUGAAGCUCCAUCUUCUCUCUGACUCUCUGACUCGCCAUGGAGAAGGAAGAGCGUUGGAAGGUGAAGUUCAGGAACGUGGCUCAGACGUAUUUCCCUCAGACCAGAGUGGAAUGUCGCUAUACGCUGAGCUGUGAACACAACUGGAGCUGUCGUGACUGGAUCGGUCUCUUCAAGGUCGGCUGGACGUCAGUGAGAGAUUAUCACACUUACGUUUGGGCUCUUGCUCCUGAAGAUUACUCACCGGGGACAGAAGUGAACUGCAGCAUCCUCUUCCACCCCUCUUAUCUGCCGAACCCUGGCGCUACAGCGUACCAGUUUGUGUAUGUAGAUGAGCUGGGUGAGAUUUGUGCCCUAAGUCCUCAGUUCACCUUCAGUGCUCCGAAACCUCUGGAUGACCUGGUAACUCUGGAGGAGGAGAGAAAUGGAGAGGAAGGAAACGAAGGAGACGACAUGCUGUUUGUAGUGCCGAAAGCUCAGAUACUGCAGAGCCAUCUGGAAGCCUGUCAGAAAGAACUGUCGCUGUUACAGAAGGAGCUUGGAGCGUCCAGCAUGGAACUGGAGAAACACAGAGAGAGAAACGAGACGGAGAGGAAGGACUUCGAAGAGGAACGAGCAGAGAUGAGGAACGAGAUCAAAGACCUGAGAGAGCGACUGAGAUCCAGCGUGGAGACGAUCGAAAGAAUGGAGGAGAAACAAAAGGAUGUGUUAAAGUCUCGUGAAAACAUUUCAGUGGAGUUUAGCAGCUUGUUAACAGAAAGAGCUGAAAAUCACCAACGAAUCAAAGACCUGGAGGAGGACGUGAGCAGCUUAGUGCAACAGAAACAAGACACUGAGGCUGAGUUAGAGAGGAUGAAAGAGAGAGUUAAAAAGCUGACGAUGCAAAGGAAGGAGGAGGAGGACGAGAGGAGGAGUUUACAGAUGGAGGGUAAACGUUGUCGUGAGGAGCUGCGGGUUCUUCAGGAGCGUCUGGAGAACAGCGAGCGUGGUGCAGAGGCAUUACGGAGAGACCUGAGUGAACUUGGAGCGCUGCAGAGCCAGAACCAGACCGAGCUUCACCAGAUCCGACUGCAGGCGGCUCAAACCACGCUGCAGCUCUCACAGGCCAACCUGAACCUCCGAGAAGGACAAGCGGCGUGGGCUAAAGAACGAGAGAACCUGAGGAAGAAUACACAGCUGGAUAAGGAACGAGUCCAAAAACUGAGUCAUGAGCUGCAGAAGAAGGAAGAAUGGCUCCAGGAAGAACGAACAGAGAGAGAGAAACUGGAGCUGGAGCUCGGGAUCGAGAAAGCGUUCAACCGGGAGCUGCGAGCGAGUGUCAGAGCCCUGCAGAAGGAGCAAGAGCAGCAGCAGCUGGAGAAACAGGAGCUCGUGGAUCAUAUCCGAGUGUUCCGGCUGCGCUUGGAGAGGGAGCGGGACGCUGUGUGGAAUAAAGCGGCGUCUGGCAGCAGGACUGUGGUGAGCAGUGACGGCGCCUCUUCAGCUCUGCAGAAUUCGGACUGUAAAGAAGUGGGAGAAGGUGAAGGAGUGAAUCUGCAGAUGGAGGAGGAUGAGGAUGAAACCACGCAGCAGGAAACACACAGCACACACACGGAUGGGGGAGAGAAUUUGGAGAGAGAACCACAAACUCCAUCUGAGAUCAAUGAGAACAUACUGAGUGAGAUUGCUGAUGCCCCCUUGUGGUGAAAUGUGGAAAUGAAGCACGAAAACACGCCCAGAGGGAAACCUGAUGCCCAUGGUUAAUAUCAGCAACAACACAUCAUGUGUUUGAAAGGCGUGUAUCAUGUCAAAAACAGAAUUGUGCAAGUUUACUUUGUGAGUGUGUUUUAUAGUCUGAAAUUUUGUGUGCUAUUUAUUUUCUGAAUGUGUGUGAGAUUUUUACUUGCUGAAUAAAAGUUUCUGAAUUUAUUCUGACAUUAUAAAUCCAAUCAAACCCAAAUAUCACUAUAUUAGACUCCUGUAGCGCAGAAUAAUCUGCUAACUAAUUAAUUAGCAUAGAGUCAGAUUAUAAUUAUUAGGUGUGUAAUGACCAGCCGAUUUGGAUCGAUGCACUGAUUUAGAU